UGUUUUUAGUCUGUGAAUUGCGUUUUUGGUGACAAGAGAAAUCGGUGAAAUCAUUUUGAUAAAUACUUGAUUAUUUUCCAAAGAUGUCUUUCUUUGGUGUAGGAAAUCCUUUUUCUACGCCGGUGGGUCAAAAAAUAGAACAAGCUACAGAUGGAUCGCUGCCGUCAGAAAAUUGGGCACUCAACAUGGAAAUAUGUGAUAUUAUAAAUAGCACUCCGGAUGGGCCCAAAGAUGCCAUUAAAGCUAUAAGGAAGAGGUUGACUCAGAGUGCUGGCAAGAACUACACUAUUGUGAUGUACACACUGACUGUCCUCGAAACCUGUGUUAAAAACUGUGGCAAGUCUUUUCAUGUAUUGGUGUGCAGCAAGGAGUUUAUAUCUGAAUUGGUAAAACUAAUUGGGCCUAAAAACGAUCCACCAACUGUGGUGCAGGAAAAGGUUCUCUCGCUCAUUCAGUGCUGGGCAGACGCCUUCCAAACUACCCCUGAUAUGCAGGGAGUCACACAAGUUUACUCUGAGUUGCGUCUCAAAGGAGUUGAGUUUCCUAUGACCGAUUUGGACGCUAUGGCGCCUAUAUUCACACCGCAACGGAGCGUGCCGGAUGGGCCGGAGCCUAUUCCCGAGUCGCCGCAGCGGCAAAUCAUCCCUCAGACCUCGCCGAGUCAUUCUACUAUGGAACAAGCACCAGCCAAUAUGCCUCUGACGGAGAGUCAGAACAAGAAGCUCCGCCAGGACCUGACGGUGGUGGAGAGCUAGGUUGGCAACCCUAUGGAGAGCAACAUCACCGUUAUGAACGAGAUGCUGAACGAGCUCACCAUGCAGCCGCACGCCGCUCACCACGAGAGCGACAUCAAACUGCUCGAUGAGCUGGCGGAGACUCUCCGCUCGAUGCAGACGCGCGUGAUGGAGCUCAUCAGUCGCGUGGCGGACCUGUCGCCGCUCAUCGUGGACCUGCUCUACAUCAACGACCGCCUCAACAAUGUGUUGCUGCGACACAGCCGGUUUACCAGUAACAGAAAUGCAGCGACAUCCGCCUCUCCUUUGUCUAUCCUAGGCGCUGCCAUGGGAGUACCCAACGCUAAACCUGCUGAAUCACCAAAGCCCGAGGAUGACGCCCUUAUCGAUCUCGGCGAUGACGAUGUCCCUGACAUUGCUAAACUCACUGUAAAGGACGCACAGCCCGACAAGACUUCGACUAGCUCUAAAGACGAGUUCGAUAUGUUCGCGCAAUCCCGUAAUGUCACCUACGAGAGCUCCAAGACCGGCGGCAGCAGUUACUCGGACAACAUGGAGGAGCAAUCUGCCACCAGCCUGGUGUCCGCAGCCAGCCAGCGAGCCACGCAAGGACAGCCAUUGCCAUCGGGCAUGGAUCAGGAGAUCGAUGAAAUAGCAGCUUGGCUUGCUCAGGAGAAGGCGGCGUCAGAAGCUAUGGGCACGGAGAGCGUCACCAGCAGCGACUUCGACAAGUUCCUCGCGGAGCGCGCCGCCGCCGCCGACACGCUGCCCAGCCAACACCACACCAACACCAACGCCAACACCAACGCCAACACCAACCUGCCUACACCCAGGCACCGCCAGAUCAACAAGGACGAACAGGACUCCAUGUUCGCACUUUAAUGUUGCAUAGUAAGAUUAUACGCAAACGAAACUGCUUUGAGUCGCCAAUAAGACUUGGUGAUUCUGAAAGGAUGUUCAAAUCUGGCCGCUUUUUAUGUAAAGAUUGCCUGUUUAUUGGACACUCCCCCCCACUCCGCCGCUAUAAUAAAUUUCAUAACCCUCGACUAUUUAUGCGGUUUAAAGUCAAAUUCUUAAUUCAUCUGAUGUGAUUUACUAAGGUUUGACAUAUCCAAAAUAUAUGAGCAUCCUUUCAGAAACUAGGAUUACCAGAUAACCUGAAGAGAACAUCUCAAGGUUUCGUUUGAGUACAAAGGGUAAGGGCCCUUUUCUUGCACAUGUCACUUGCCCAGGUACCCGGAAAUGUUAGGUGCGAUGCGUGAGGCCUUUCCAUUGAAGCGAAGCGUGGCUGGUGGAACGAAGACUCGAAGUCUACCAAUAAAAUUGCA